AUGUCACAUUUCUUUGACCUCAUCAUUGUGAUGCGCUGGAACAAACCCCGUGUCACUGAUUAUGUUGUUUUCAUUCUGGGUAAUUCUGUUGUUGCGGAACUCAUUACCAUGCUCAACUGGAUGCCCAUGAUUGUUCUGUUGUCACGGCUGUGUCCACGUGGAAGCGAGAGCACAGUGUAUGCCAUUCUUGCCGCAUCCGGUAGCCUUGGCCAGUCAAUGGCUUCCGUCAUUGGCACCCUUAUUAUGGAGUACGCAUUGCCAGUGGCCACGAGACCGCCCUGCAAUUACGAUAACCUGAAAUGGAUAAUUGUUGUUGGUGGUUUUUGUGUUCCACUGUUGCAGAUCCCCCUUGUGUUUCUCCUCAUUCCGCGUGCCCGUAUGUGCGACAACCUCAGUGGUGUGAAUUCCCCCGGUGCAGUGCAAGCUGAGACGAGUAAAGAAAAGGAGCUGUCGAAAUUCGAGGAAGAGGAGGAGCCUGCAUCACCAGAUACUCAAUAG